AUGGAAUCACUACAGAGCCAGGUGAGAGGCAUUGAAUUAGACGAUUUUGAAGCUCAAAUCGAUAUUUUUACCAGUGGGAAGGUGAAAAAUGAUGAAAAAACUCACUAUAAGGCCUUAUUGAAGUAUUCUCAACAAUCUAACACCUCAAAGAGGUUAUUCGAUAUCAUGCAAAAGAACGUAGAUAAGUUCUUAAAGGCAUUGGAGAAACUUGGUGACGUCCAUGGCUCCAUAUUGGUGAAUGUAUUGACAUUGACGGAAGAAAAAGACCAUUGGGUAUCACAGGUGUUGAAUAGUUUGAAGAAUCUUUUGAAACAAGAUCAGACUAACCAUGAAUUCUUCCUUCUGGUGUAUCUUGCCGUGGUAGCAGAGUUUAAGAUAUGCUUUCCCAGUCAUCUUCCUACAUUGAUGAGAUUCAUAGUUCCAAAAAAUGAUGAUACUAAUAUUGAAGCUACGGUACUUUUCAUUGUAGUGAAGAAUCUUGAGUUGAAACAAGAGGAGACAUCUGAAGCAGUUCAGGGCUUCUUUGAUUACAUUUUAGAAGCUGAAGAUACUUUCACAAGUUUCUUGAACCUCGUGAAGGCUUUAGACUGUUUGUUUCCUUUGAUACCAUCAGUAUGUGGUAGAAUCUAUACUUCCAAUAACUGCAAAGAUCUAGUUAAAAGGUAUGUGUCUCAAAUCUCACCAAGUAGUUUGUCUGCCGAACACAACCAAACCCUUGCUUGGCUGCUUUUAAAAUUGGUAAGUACCUCGUGUAUUGAUGAUGAAUGUAGAAAGUUCAAUACUACCAAUUAUAGUGAAUUAUUGAAGACUGGAAAAUCACUUGAUUCGGGAAUGAAGAUCUUGAGUUCUUUAUGUAUCAUCAAGCUUUGGAAUUUCCUUGAAAACGAUAAAAUCGCUAGCAUUGACGACUUGUACGAUAUUAUGAUACUGGCGUUGAAGAAAGAUACUCAUCUCGAUUAUUGUCUUGAAGCUUUGGCGUACCUCACUUUGAAUGCUACCAUUAGAAUCAAGCUAAGAAAUGAUGAGUCAGCUAUCGAUCAUAUAAUAUCUGUAAUCAAGUCCAGAUCCAAAGACGAUAUCAGUAAUAUUCAUUCCUCGAUAGUCUAUGGAUUAUUAUUGAUUUUAGGAAACCUCAUGAAUAUCAAAGAAGAUGACAAACAGAACACCAAAAGUUAUUUGAAACUGAUGGCUGCCCCAAAAUCAGGCGAUGAUAAGAAGGAAAAACCUGAAGAUAUUCAUAACUUCAACAAGUAUAUGAUUCUUGACCAUAAGAUCAUUGACAUACUAUCGAAGCUUAAAGUGUUGAAGAUGAAAGAGGGAGCUACCAAUAAUUCCCAACAACUUGUUUACAUCAUUUAUCUGAUUUCCAAGAAUCAGAAUAAGGCCACAAGACAAGAAUUGGUCAAACAAGGAUCAAUAAAUAUUUUACUUGAUUAUGUGAUAGGAGUCAGUAAGGUCAAAGACCAUCAAACCAGACCCAUGUCUAAUGCUGAUAUCGAAACCAGAUUGAAAGCUAUUAGAGCUCUUACGAAGAUACUUAUCCUGGUGAACCCAGCAUUGGCCUUUAACAAGUAUAGUGUGGUCACUUGUGUACCCUUUUUGGUGGAACUUUUAGGACCUGACGUCUCCGAAUAUAAUCCUGGUCUUUCAACUAAUGUCGGUGAAGACAAAUAUCUUUACGAGGAAAUCACCAACCUUGAUAAAUACGAAUCAUUAUUAGCAUUGACUAAUCUUUCAUCUAUGGCAGAUAAGGAGGUGGGAGAUAUCAUUAUAUCCCGAACUUUUGACAAGUUCUUGAAUAAUUUCAUUAUUGAGAACGACAUCCCUGAGAUCUUGAAAGCAUCAUGGGAGUUGAUAUCCAAUCUCAUCAUCAACCCCAAAAUCCUCGUCAAGUUUUUCAAUGUAGAAGACAAAAAAUCAAUGACCAGAUUGAAUUUAUUAAUCAAAUUAUUGCAACUGGAAGAUUUGAGUCUUCAAACUAUUUUGGCAGGACUUUUAGCUAAUGCUACAGAAUCUUUUGAUAUGAUAUCUCAAGUUUUAGUUGAAAAUACUGACAUCAAAGUUCAACUUACCAACAACAUCGCCCUGAUUUUCUCCCAUCAACCUUCAGAUACAGAUUUGAUUUUGCGAUUAAGUCUUUUGUUGCUUGACAUAAUUUAUGCAGCAGCUAACAUAAGCACAUCCCAAUUAGGAUAUUUCAGGGCUCAUGGUCAACUCAAAAGUUCCAUUGCAGAGAUUUUAAAAGUUCAAAAAGAUAAACAGAUUUUAGAAGUGGUAAUGGAAAUCAUCAAGUUUGUGAAAUUUAACUAA